AUGCUUAUUCCUAGUGUUUUAAUCUUAUUCUUCAUAGUAAGGUCUUCUGGGACAAACUGUCCUGCUCCUGUGCCGAUCGGGUGCUCACUGUGUGAAGAGGAAACGUACAAAGAUGCAAUGGUCCCAGUGCCCUACUGUAAGAAAUGUGACGCCCAAUACACCCUCAAUCCAGUCUUUAAAAUCUGUGAUCUGAACUGUGAUAACAAUCACAUUAUCGGUUGCACAACGUGCUCCGGUUCAACUUGCACUGGAUGUGCUGACGUAUAUAUCUUGCUUGACGGGAAAUGCAUUCCGAGAGAGUGUGUUGCAGACGGUAAGGAAUGCAGUGGUAGGGGGACUUGCACACAGAUCGGUAGUCAGCUUAUGUACCACUGCGCCUGUAGUAACCCCUUGUUUGACGAAUUCUCCAAUUGCGCAGAGUGCCUUGGAGGAUACAUUUUGUCUGGAGACACCUGUAAUCCCCGGCCGUGCACAGAGCGAUAUACUGAGCGUUGCAGUAUGUGCAAUAAGGAUGGCACCUGCUACUCAUGCAAGAAGGGCUUUUUCAGCCCUAAUCUGGACUGCGGCUCUCCGUGCCCCAUUGGUUGCGAUUGUGAUCCAGCACUUAACUAUCUCAAGUGUACGUCUUGUCACGAAGGCUUUUCUCUAUCGUCUGAAACAGGAUUAAUGACAUGUAAAGCUGUAACUAACUGCACUGCAAAGCCUGCGUGUAUGUGGUGUGACGCUAACAAUGUUUGCUUGACAUGCGUAAGUGGACGGUCUGACCCGCAAUCAAAUUGCUCUGUGCCUUGUGCAGACAUCCGAGGGUGUUCAGAUUGCAGUCCCACAGAUCCAAAUACUUGUAUUCAGUGCAUAGAUAGUGAGACAACCGCAGAUAGGUGUCGACCGUAUUGCUUCCCUCCACAUUCUGCUGGGUCCCUAUCUGUUUGCGCAGAAAUCUAUGACAUCUAUUCCGCCGUACUUCCUUACUCGGUUGUUUCUUUCUAUAACGUACGGUACUCUACUCAUUCUUACGGAUUCAUUGCAUGCAACAAGCUGGGCAACAUCACAGAUUCUGGUCUCUGUGUAUGCUACAACGAUCCGCUGCGAGACCCUGCCACGACAUGUGUGGAGUGUUUACCCGGAUAUAUGUUGAAUCGGUAUACCCAGCGCUGCCUUAAGGAUACAUUGAAUACUAAGGAUACGCAUUGCAUGGUGGGGGAUUUGGAGGCAAACCAGUGCUACACUUGUAUGGAUGGCUAUUAUGGUUUAGCAAAAAAGUGUCCGUUUGAGUGUAACAUUGAAAACUGCCUCAGAUGCACAGACGACGGACAGAAGUGUAUAGCUUGUAAGCAAAAUUUCGAUCCUUCUACUGAGGGUCUCUGUAUUCCCUUAAGAAUACUUUCAUCAUGCGAAGACGAAAGCUCCGUGACAGACGAAGGGGUGUGCACCCCAAGUUGCGGUCUACCAUUUACAUGCGCUAAAGAGAAGUCUGGGAGUUGGGCCUGCGUCCAUCCUCGCUGUGUGAAAAUAAUAAAUGGUGAGAAGCAGGUAUGUGGGCUAAAAGGCACCUGUACGCGUGCGGGCUCGUGCAUCUGUGAUGACCCUCAUACGUGGGACUUUUGUUCAACGUGUGCACCCGGCUGGACAAGGUCUUCACCGUCUUCUACUUGCGACACACAAGACUGCUUCCCACAGUGCUCUAACGGUGGUGUCUGUCAGAUAAAGGAUGGGAGCCCUGUCUGUCGGUGUGCUUUCAACUGGAAUCCCGCUACACAGUGUGUCACUUGUCUUCCCGGCUAUACUGGAAGGAACUGUAACAUUCCCUACUGUUUUAUCAACGAAGACUGUGAGGCUGGGCAAACAUGUGUCUCUGGAAAGUGUAAUGAUGACCCAUGUAGUAGCAACAAUAACUUGGUGUGUAAUGGGCACGGAACGUGCACUUUCCACAACAAUAUCCGUCAAUGCACUUGUAAUCCUGGAUAUAGUAAUGAGACCAAUUGCCUGACGUGCACUAAGGAAUAUUACCUUAAGAACAAUCGCUGUGUACUCGGUUCGUCGCGUGUAUUGUCAUCCUCGAUGAUCGCGGGCUUGUCUGUAGGAUCUAUUAUCUUAUUGACUGCUGUGGCUCUCUCCAUAUAUUUUGGUGUUAGAGCGUGCCAGAAGAAGAACCGGUCCCAAGUAUCUUUCUCGCGAACAGUUCCCAUUGGAGAUGAAGAUUGCAAUCCUUAA